CUCGCAUCCCUGUCGCUUUUGUCUUCCUCGCCCUCCCACACCCGGCACAGGUCGCCACCGUCACUCGACCUCUUCCACACCUAGACAUCAGGCAGUCGAUCAUUCGACGAUCAAUCAAGUCACAAUGAUCGCUAAGAACAGCACUAAUGGUCAACCAGCUAUUAUUCCGCUGAUCAUCAACAAUGAAUCGGUGGUAAGCGAUGUCGCAUUCGACGUCAAAAAUCCUACAACUGGUGAAGUCAUCGACCGUUGCGCCAGCGCCUCGGUUGAUGAUGCCAACCGUGCUGUGGCCGCUGCGAAGGCUGCCUUCCCCGCAUGGAGCCAGACAAAGCCCUCCGACCGCAGAGACAUCCUGAACAGGGCUGCGGAUGUCAUGCUUUCCCGGAAAGAGGAGCUGAUUCGAUAUCAGAUGGAAGCAACUGGUGCGGGACGGUUAUUUGUGGAAAAGACGUUCAUGCUGGGCGUCGGUUUCUUGAAAGACUUUGCGGCAUUGAUUCCGUCCAUUGAGGGUGCGGUGCCCUCUGUCAAUGGAGAGUCGGCGAUGGUCAUCAAGCAGCCGUACGGAGUGGUCCUGGGAAUCGCGCCCUGGAAUGCUCCUUACAUCCUCGGGGUCCGCGCCGUCGCCCUGCCUUUGGCCGCGGGCAACACAACGAUCUUGAAGGGAUCCGAACUGGCACCUAAGUGCUUCUGGGCGAUCGGGGACAUCUUUCGUGAGGCGGGCCUUCCUGCGGGUUGCGUGAACGUGGUCUUCCACCAGACGUUGGAUGCCGCAGCCGUCACCACUGCCCUCAUCGCUCACCCAGCUGUGCGCAAGAUUAACUUCACCGGUAGCACCGUCGUUGGCUCGAUUAUCGCAUCGACAGCUGGUAAGUAUGUGAAGCCGGUGCUUCUCGAGCUGGGCGGUAAGGCAUCGGCUGUUGUGCUGGACGAUGCCAACCUAGAGAAGGCUGCGAUGUGCUGCGCCAUGGGAGCCUUCUUGCACUCUGGUCAAAUCUGCAUGUCCACCGAGCGGAUUGUUGUGCAGCGAUCAAUCGCCGACCGGUUCAAGCAGCUGGUGGCAGAAGCGUCCGAGAAGGUAUUCGGGAAGCACAUGCCGCCGCUGGGCCUCGUCAACUCAGCUGCCGUGAACAAAAAUAAGGGGCUGGUGGAAGAUGCACUUUCCAAGGGCGCCAAACUUAUCUACGGGGAUGCCCGGAGUAUCGAUCCCAAUAGUAACAGCAUGCGGCCGGUGGUCGUGGGCGAUGUCACUAAGAAUAUGGACCUUUACUCAACGGAGUCGUUCGGCCCCACCGUGUCCCUGAUUGUGGUUGAUACCGAGGAGGAAGCGGUUGCACUGGCCAAUGACACGGAGUACGGCCUUACCUCUGCGGUCUUUACGAGCAACCUGUUCCGCGGGCUUAGGAUUGCCAAACAGCUCGAAGCCGGAGCUGUCCACAUUAACUCCUUAACCGUGCAUGACGAGCCGGUCCUUCCGCACGGCGGCUGGAAGAGCAGCGGAUACGGCCGGUUCGGGGGUGUGGGUGGUUACGAUGAGUGGUUGCAAACCAAGACCGUGACCUGGGUGGAAUAGGUCUGAUCGGACCGCGUGAUCCACACGCAAAGAUCCAUGAUUGUUUGCACAUAAUUCGCAAGCCCAGAGACGAGCCGGACAUCAUCAUCACGAAUGAGGUCAAGUCGAGGCGACGAGCUUCUUUGAUUCAGUGAUCGGGACCAUAGCUGGCAGGAUUACAGCGACGGGCCCAGGAGAUUUUCUUUGUUACGAUACCCACUUGCAGCAGGGUUCAACAGGGUAGAGCCUAGUUAGUUUAUACGAAUUCCACCAACCGAAUU